CUCUUGUUUAAUGAAUCCCGUGUCUCCUGUAUCCUUUGGGGUAUAUAAAGCCUAAAGAGGCUGCAAACAGCAAGGGCCUGAGUCUGUACUUGAGAAACUCUUCUGCUGUUUAAGAGCUCAGAUCAAGGAACAUAGCAGACCAAGAGACCAUGGGGAGGAAGCUGGAUGUUCUUCUUGGCAGGAACGUCAAGGAGUCCAAGAUCAAGACCCUCUCGAAACUCGCCAUCUCUAGGAUCGCCAUCCUCAGAAAACAUCGAGAAGUCCGGCUGUCUCAUGCCUGGUCGGAUGUCACUCAGCUACUGAGCCUCGGACACCAAGAACGUGCUCUCCUCCGCGUUGAGCUUGUCAUUAAGGAGCAGAAUAUGGUGGAUGCGUUUUGCAUCUUGGAAUGCUACUGCCACAUCCUUGCCCAGAGGGGAAUGCUCAUGCAAAAGAACAUGUAGGUUUGCCUGGCCUUCGCAACUUUUAGUAAGAACACUUAAGAACUGAUCAAACGAUGCCUGAGGCUUUUCACUGACACUUUUAUGAACAGGGAAUGUCCCGAGGAGCUCAAAGAGGCAGUAUCUAGCUUGACGUUUGCAGCUUCGAGGUACGGAGACUUCCCUGAGCUCCAGGGGAUCCGCACUGUCAUCACAAAGAUAUACGGGAAAGAGUUUGUGGCUCGAGCAGUUGAGCUACGCAAAGACUCUGGAGUGAAUCCUAGGAUUAUUGAGAAGUUCUCCACCAGACAACCGAGCGUGGAAAGUAGGAUGAAGGCACUAAAAGAAAUCGCCUACGAAAACGGAAUGAUUUUGCGCUUCAAGAGUGAUGCUGAUGAGGAAAACGCAGGCAUACAUUACGAGGACAAGCAGCCUGAACACAGUUUAACAAGUUCUGGACUCACAGACGACACUUGUGAUGCACUUGAAAAGAUAGGCGAGGAUGAGGGCUUCUCGGACUCCUUGGAGCGGAGGGAGUACAACGACAUGGUUGCCGCACCUCAAGACGCAAUUGAAUUAGCAGUUUAUGCAGCUGCCGCUGUGAGGCUUACAGCAUCGGGAUCAGGGGACCAUGAUGCCGAUGAUCACUGUAACUUCGUUGACUGUGACGAACCCUUGCAAGCUACAAAUGACUUCUACGAAGCUUCAGAGGAGGUAGACGCAGAUCCCUAUCCUGACAGGCCGAUGUAUGACAACGUCCCUCCAGUCUAUUACUCAGACUCAGAAGAAGAUACGGAAGCUGAUCGGAUUUAUCUUGAAAAGAGGGAGAAGAACGAAAGGCAAAUGCAUCGAGAAAGUCGGCCAGUGGCUUUACACUUAAACUGGGUCAGGAACAAUCGAAAUGAGACGAUUGCAUCUUUGAGACCAUGGAGCCAGACAGGGACAACAGAAUGUGGCUUGACCCCAACAACAACCAUUCGAACAAAACGUGGGGGCGGUAGGGUAUGGCUGUAAGCUGGGAAAUUGAAGAUCACCAAACGAAUGAGUUCCUUAAUCCUGCAAAAUAUGAUGAAGUUGCAGAUGAAUGCUUCCUGAAUAGGAAUUGAAGUAUAGAGCUAUUGAGUAGAUCUAAAGAGAAACAGGAACAACGGGACUAGUUCAGUGCUCACAGUAAAAAGAUAAGUUUGCUGGGUUCCACUAUUGUUUGUUGA